AUGAUAUAUAUCAAUAACAAUAAUUCAAAAGUUCUCAGGCCCUUAUCUUCAGUAGAGAAAAGAUUCUUAGGAAAUUCUUUGGAAUCUGAAACAAGACAUGGUUCAGUAUGUAGUGGUAAAUGGGUUUCUAAUUCACUAGAUAUUUCAGAUGAUGCAACCUUAUUAUCUUCGAAGGAUAAACCUUUAACUAUUUCAUUAGUGUCUCGUGCGUUAAAAAUUCUUAUAUCAAAUCAUAUUGAGAUGUUUACUACAAUUAACAAAAACUCAGAAUUUCAAUUGCUAGAUAAGAUUAACACUAGCGAUGUGUUACACUCCAUCUGCUUCGAAAACAAAAAAGAUGAAUUAGUUAAUUGCCAUUCUGGCGCCCCACCUUAUCUGAUAAAUUACAUUUUCUCUCUACCAUACUUCCAACCAGACUCUAAAAAGCCGUUAUGGCAGCUAUUUAUUGUUAAUUCCUCAUUAGUUGUCUUUUAUGGUGAUGAUACCUUAUUUGACAUUUUUGCUGUUGCAAAUUUCAUAAAGCUUUUAUUUGAGAUAAUAAAUUCGUUACCAUACGAAAAUAAAGAAAUUCAAGAUGAUAUAAUUUUUAAGCUUCCAAACAUUCGAAAUAUAUCUAAAAUCAAUUUUCCAAAGUCUAUCUAUGAUAAUCCAAUGCUACACUUACCUGCUACUAAGCCAGAACUAUUUAAUUUACAAACCCAAUCCUUCUUCAAAUCGAUUUAUUUAAAUACAUUUAAAAAAUCGUUUGAUUAUUUAAAUUUUACACAGCAAACUCCAAUUAUUCUUGCAAGAAACCACAAUAUUUCUAAAAACUAUAAUGAAAUUCUUCAUUUGAAUUCAAUAGUGAAAAGUGAGUUAGUUACAGGAAACGUUUCGAUGGAAAGAUAUUUGCAAUUGUUAAAAUUAAUAGAUGCCGAAAAAAUUGACUUGAAGAGCUUCUUUUGUAGCAUUAUUAUAAUGUGUUUAAAAUUUAUGAUUACCUGCUUUGAUGGCAGUAUAAUUUUCAAAAUACCCUAUAAUUUACGUUCAAUGCAAAAUUUAAGAGAUAAAGAAAACCACAACUCAAGUUCAGGGCCCGAGGACUCUGCUAAUGAGCUUGGUAUAAUAUAUAAAGACAUAUACGUCGAGGUUCCCUUAAAACUAAUUGAAAAAAUUGGAAAUGAGGAUGUCGUUGAAGAACAGUUCAAAAUUGUUUGUAACUACAUCAAUGAAUCGAUACAAAAGCGUAUAAAGGCUUGGGAAAAAAAUGGUUUUAAUGAUGAUGAUAUUAAAAGAAUGAAAUUCGGUUACGAACAAGUUGGUAAUAUUAUUGAGGUCAAUGACUUGACUAGUCUUGAUCUAUCAUGUUCUAAGGAUUCAUUGUUUCAUAUUGAAGAUCUUAGCCUAACGAGAAACUUAAAAAAGAAUCAAAUCCUUUCCUUAUCUUUUGCAAGUAAUAAUUAUAAUGGCCUAAAUCUCUGUAUUAAUUACUCCACUGAAUAUAAAAUGAAAGAUUUUAUUGAUUGCUUCCAAUCUUUUAUGGAGAAUUAA